UCCUGCUCAUCGGAAGUUCUCCACUGCUUGAGGAUUUUCAUAAACUACCUCUUUGGCAGGAGGUUUGUACUAAGGGUGGACCCAACUGCUCUAGCUGGUUCUCUCAAAAACUUCGCUCCUUUCUGAUCCAACUAUCGCCAGAUGGUUAACGUACAUCUGAAUGUUUGACUUUGCGUUGAAGCGAAUUCCGGGAAAUAAGAACAGGGCAGACGGGCUGAGUCGAAUCGACUGGGACAAGAGCAACCAAAGAGUAAUCGAGGAUACUCCACCAGUUGACGGGUUCCUGAACAGUGAGGAGGAUGUGAGACUUCACAUAAACUCUUGGUUAUUGGCAGUGGGUAACCAUGUUACCCUAGGGCGACCUGUUUGGCUUGCGCCUCCAGGGCAGGUACGACGAACAAACCUAGUCCUUAAGCCAUAUAUUGAAGAAGACUCUUGGGGAAUACCAGGUGUGGAUUGGAUGAUGGAGCUGGCUUUAGCAGGCAAGUACCAACUACAUGAGGACCUGCUCACGAUUGAGGAUGGGGCGUUGCAGGUGGACAAGCACGGGAAAGUGAUAGGUGGGGUGUAUAUAUUGGCGAAUGCCCUGCUUCAGGAAGAGGUGGUCAGGAAUACUGUGCAAGAUCAGGAAGAGGGUGAUAAUGUGAUCCACGAGAGGGAAGAUGAUGACUUCGAGGAAGGUGAGAUUAAGGAAGCGUUUCGGGCAGAGGAAUAUGAGGGAUUAUACCUUGAACUCAGAAUGCUUCUGUCGUGUGAGAUAAGGGAAAGGGACGCUUGCGCGAGAGUUCUGAAGAUGAGGCCAAACUUUCUGGUAAGGGAUGACCAUCUCUUCAUGAGAAGCAAAGGGAGGGCUCCCAGAAGAGUAGUCUGCGGCGUCGCUCGCCAGAUUGACGUUAUGGCAACACUGCACGAUGGUACGGCAGGUCGCCACAGAAGCACGGAUACGACAUAUCUCAAGAUACACGAACUGUACUAUUGGGAUGGCAUGGGACAGAUGAUCGAUGAUUAUUGUAAAUCUUGUACACCAUGCCAGGAGCGAUCCUCUCUUAGACCUAGGGAGCCGCUUCACCCAAGAUAUGUUCGUGAAGUUGGAGUCGUCCCGCACCUGGAUCUGUUGGCAAUGCCGCUGGGAAUAGGGAGUUAUAACUUUUUCUUUGAUGCGCGGGACAACCUCUCUGAGUUUGUAGAUGGCAGGGCCUUUCGUACGAAGACUGGGGAGACGCUGACCUGAUGCAUCGAAGAGUAUAACCUGCGCUACCCCUUUGUUUCCAGAUUUGUGAUGGAUAGAGGGUCUGAGUUCACCUGUGCAAAGGUGAAGA